AUGUCUCUAGAAGAAGCUGUCCAAAAGGUUACAGAAAAUGUUGCUAACUUGCAUUUAGAUGAAGUUACCGGUGAAAUGGUUUCCAAAUCUGAAUUGAAAAAACGUAUUAAGCAAAGACAAGUUGAAGCCAAGAAGGCUGCCAAGAAGGCCUCCGCUCAACCACAGCCAGCUUCUAAGAAGGCCAAGAAGAGUGACUUAUUCGCUGACUUAGACCCAUCUCAAUAUUUCGAAGCUAGAUCCCGUCAAAUUCAAGAAUUAAGAAAGACUAAGUCUCCAAACCCAUAUCCACACAAGUUUACCGUGUCAAUUUCUAACCCUGAAUUCUUGAAGAAGUACGCUUAUUUGGAAAGAGGUCAAACUUUACCAGAUGAAAAAGUUGCCAUCGCAGGUAGAAUUCACGCUAAGAGAGAAUCUGGUUCCAAAUUGAAGUUUUACGUCUUACACGGUGACGGUGUUGAAGUUCAAGUGAUGUCCCAAUUGCAAGAUUACCACAAGGAAGAAGAUUACGAAAAGGAUCACGAAGUCUUGAAGAGAGGUGAUAUCGUAGGUGUGGAAGGUUAUGUUGGAAGAACUCAACCUAAGAAAGGUGGUGAAGGUGAAAUAUCUGUCUUCGUCAGCCGUAUCGAGUUGUUGACUCCAUGUUUACAUAUGUUACCAGCUGAUCAUUUCGGUUUCAAAGAUCAAGAAACAAGAUACAGAAAGCGUUACUUAGAUUUGAUUAUGAAUAAAGACGCUAGAGGCCGUUUCAUCACUCGUUCUCAAAUUAUUCGUUAUAUUAGAAGAUUCUUGGACCAAAGAGAGUUUAUUGAAGUUGAAACUCCUAUGAUGAAUGUUAUCGCCGGUGGUGCUACUGCCAAGCCAUUCGUUACCCAUCACAACGAUUUAGAUAUGGAUAUGUACAUGAGAAUUGCCCCAGAAUUAUUCUUAAAGGAAUUAGUUGUCGGUGGUAUGGACAGAGUUUACGAAAUUGGUAGACAAUUCAGAAAUGAAGGUAUUGAUAUGACUCACAACCCGGAAUUUACUACUUGUGAAUUCUAUCAAGCUUACGCUGAUGUCUACGACUUAAUGGAUAUGACGGAAUUGAUGUUCUCAGAAAUGGUCAAAGAAAUCACUGGUUCUUAUAUCAUUAAGUACCAUCCAGACCCAAACAAUCCAGAAAAGGAAUUAGAACUAAACUUCACUAGACCAUGGAAGAGAAUGAACAUGAUUGAAGAAUUGGAAAAGAAAUUCAACGUCACUUUCCCAGCUGGUGAUAAAUUACAUACUGCCGAAACUGGUGAAUUCUUGAAGAAGGUUCUUUCCGAUAACGGUAUGGAAUGUCCUCCACCAUUAACUAAUGCCCGUAUGCUAGACAAGCUAGUUGGUGAAUUAGAAGAUAUGUGUAUCAACCCAACGUUCAUUUUCGGCCAUCCACAAAUGAUGUCUCCAUUAGCUAAAUACUCAAGAGACACACCUGGUUUGUGUGAACGUUUCGAAGUUUUCGUCGCCACUAAGGAAAUUUGUAACGCAUAUACUGAAUUGAAUGAUCCAUUUGACCAAAGGGCCCGUUUCGAAGAACAAGCUAGACAAAAGGAUCAAGGUGAUGAAGAAGCUCAAUUGGUCGACGAAACCUUCUGUAACGCUUUAGAAUAUGGUUUACCUCCAACUGGUGGUUGGGGUUGUGGUAUCGAUAGACUAGCCAUGUUCUUGACCGAUUCAAAUACCAUUAGAGAAGUCUUAUUGUUCCCAACAUUGAAGCCUGAUGUUCUAAGAGAGGAGGUUAAGAAGGAAGAAGAAGCAAAAUAA